CUGAACUCUGAACAGUCUGGUGAGAGACAACGCUGGGGACGUUCGCUCGGUGCUCAGACGCGCGUCGCGCACGCUUCGACCGGUUAUUAUGACUUGGAAAGGAUACCACAGUUUAUUUUGGGAUUUAACUUUUGUUAAUCGCUUUUGAAUGUUUCCAGCGGACGUGCCGUUACGUAAAUAUAAAUAUUCUCAGUUCUCAAUAAUUCCUCCGCCAGUGGUAAACGUUAUACAAAAAGUUGUUCAGUGAUUUUGUGAUAACAGAUAUCCGUUAUCCAGUGAACCAAGUAAGGAUACAGUUGUAGUGUUUACUCAUCGAAUGUGUCCACCUGUGUUUGCGCCUAGGCUACACAAGUGCUAUACCUACUGAUUAGGCUAUCACGAUUCUCAGAAUUGUGUGAUGAGUUUUUGGUUUUGUGGAACGCGCCCACUUGAAGUCUAUGCUCGCCAUUUCUUCCGAAUAUCUUCUAUGGAUUAGAAAACUCUCAAAAUAAGGAUGCUGCAAAAGGCAACAGACUGUGUAUCAAAUAUCUGUACAUUAGUUGUCUGAUUUCCGAAAAAUUCUAAUACCGAGGUAAAUCAGAUUGUAAUAGCCAAGACGGCAGUAAUGGCAAAGAUGAGGCGCCCUCAUGGACGCUGAAGGCAGGCUCGUGUUUUGGAAAGGUGGCAUGUGGGAAGGGGGUGCACCGACCCUCAGUUGUAAUACCUGCAAGAAGCGACGAGCCGACAGAAUGAGCGCCAACGAUCGCCCUCAGGGUGAGUUAAAGAAAUUAUCGGAGGAGAGCUUAACGCGGCAACCGGAGGAAGUAUUCGACAUUAUCUGCAAACUAGGCGAAGGCUCAUAUGGCAGCGUUUACAAGGCGCUCCACAAGGAGAGCGGGCAGGUGCUGGCCAUCAAGCAGGUGCCGGUGGACACGGACCUGCAGGAGAUCAUCAAGGAGAUCAGCAUCAUGCAGCAGUGCGACAGCCCCUACGUGGUCAAGUACUACGGCAGCUACUUCAAGAACACGGACUUGUGGAUCGUCAUGGAGUACUGCGGCGCGGGCUCGGUGUCGGACAUCAUGAGGCUGCGCAAGAAGACGCUCUCGGAGGACGAGAUCGCGACCAUUCUGUGCGACACGCUCAAGGGGCUGGAGUACCUGCACCGGCGGAGGAAGAUCCACCGCGACAUCAAGGCGGGGAACAUCUUGCUCAACACGGAGGGUCACGCCAAACUGGCCGACUUCGGCGUCGCCGGCCAGCUCACUGACACCAUGGCGAAGCGCAACACGGUGAUCGGCACGCCGUUCUGGAUGGCGCCCGAGGUGAUCCAGGAGAUCGGCUACGACUGCGUGGCCGACAUCUGGUCGCUGGGCAUCACGGCGCUGGAGAUGGCGGAGGGCAAGCCGCCCUACGGCGACAUUCACCCCAUGCGCGCCAUCUUCAUGAUCCCCACCAAGCCGGCGCCCUCCUUCAGAGAGCCGGACCAGUGGUCGCCGGAGUUCAUAGACUUCGUCAGUCAGUGCCUCGUGAAGAAUCCUGAGGAGCGCGCCACCGCCGAGUACCUGUUGACGCACGAGUUUAUCGGCAACGCGAAGCAGGCCAGCAUCCUGAGCGCGCUGAUCGCGGAGGCGCGCGAGAUCCGCGAGAGCCAGGCCUUCCGCAGCGCCGCGCUGCUGCCGCCCGACCACGCCAAGACCAUCGCCCCGAGCGGCGGCGGCGGCGCGGGCGAGGACUACAGCGAGGCGACGAUGAAGGCGCGCGAGGCCACGCUGGUGCCGCGCGACGCGUCGCUGGAGCUGGCCGCCGACCUGGGCACCAUGGUCAUCUACGACCACGACCUCGCCACCAUGAAGCGGCACGACACAGACCCCAUGGACACGAACCGGCCGAAGUACCGGCCGCUGUUCCUGGAGCACUUCGAGAAGAAGGAGGUCAACCACCUCGGCAUGGGUGCCACCAACGGCACCCUCACUGGGCCGCUGCGGUUCGGGGACGAGGAACUCAGGGCGGGCGGCGCGGGGAGCGCGGAGGGCGCGGCGGGCGGCGAGGGCGCGCCGCUGCAGCGCGCGCUGCUGGAGGAGGGCAACUUCGAAUUCGUAAGUCAACUGCACGUCGUCACUCUGCUCGCGCUGCGGCCCCCUGUCGUUCCUGUCGGAGGGCGAGCUGGAGGCGUGCAUGGCGCGCCUGGACGCCGAAAUGGAGGCCGAGAUCGAGCGCCUGCACCAGCGCUACGAGAGGAAGCGGCGGCCCAUCCUCGACGCCAUCACCCUCAAGCGGAAGCGGCAGCAGAACUUCUAGCCGCCACGCUGUGAGUGUCCCCGGCACGCUGUGAGUGUCGCCGUCACGCUGUGAGUGUCGCCGUCACGCUGUGAGUGUCGCAGGCAAGCUCGCUCGGUACGUGCGCGGCGCUAGAGUAAAAGAGACUGCUCGUUCUUAAUGCAUUUUCCUUCAAGCGGAAAUGGCGGCAGAACUUCUAGCCGCCACGCUAUCAGUAUCGCCGUUUCGCUGGCUCGCCAUGUGCGCUAGCGAUAGCGAUAUUAGAAAUGAGAUCUUCAUGAGGGAGAUCCUUAAUGCGAUCUCCCUCAAACCAAAAUCGUCAACACAAUUCUUAAUCGCCACCACAGACUAAGAAUUACUCUUUGGCCGCCACCACAGAGUUAUAAUAAACUCUUCGCCUGCCACCACAGAGUAACAAUAAACUCUUUGGCCGCCACCAAAGAGUAACAAUAAACUCUUUGGCCGCCACCACAGAGUAACAAUAAACUCUUUGGCCGCCACCACAGAGUAACAAUAAACUCUUUGGCCGCCACCACAGAGUAACAAUAAACUCUUUGGCCGCCACCACAGAGUAACAAUAAACUCUUUGGCCGCCACCACAGAGUAACAAUAAACUCUUUGGCCGCCACCACAGAGUAACAAUUAACUCUUUGGCCGUCACCAAAGAGUAACAAUAAACUCUUUGGCCGCCACCACAGAGUAACAAUAAACUCUUUGGCCGCCACCAAAGAGUAACAAUAAACUCUUUGGCCGCCACCACAGAGUUAUAAUAAACUCUUCGCCCGCCACCACAAAGUAACAAUAAACUCUUCGCCCGCCACCACAGAGUAACAAUAAACUCUUUGGCCGCCACCAAAGAGUAACAAUAAACUCUUUGGCCGCCACCACAGAGUAACAAUAAACUCUUUGGCCGCCACAUGUGAGUGUAGCCGUAUCGUGCGUUCGCUACGUGCGCCUGAACCACGUGACCGAGUGCCAACGCUGUGGACUCAUUUUCUGGGAAAGUAUUAAUUUUAGUGUUUGACUCACCUUUGCAUUUUUGUGACACCAUAAUGUUCUCAAAUAAUAUUUUUCACCACGUGGACAAUUAAAUUCUUAAAGAGACUUUUUAAUAUAAAUCGGCCUAGCAUACGAGUAACUAUUUCAAUUAGACUCUUUUAGCUGAAUUAAAACUAGGAUCUCAUAUAUUAGAGGUGCCAAAUGUAUGUUCCUAUAAAAUGAAACUUAUUUAGGGCACUAAUAUAAAAUUCGAUUAUUGUACUAAAAUAAAAACAGUAAAAAGUAUCUUGUAAAUUAUAACAUAACCUUAGCCUCUGAUAUAUUUUCAAAAAUAACGACUAAUUGUUCUAUGGAAAAAUUUACAAACUAUUUUGGUAAUUCAAAAAUAGGCGGCCGAGAUAAAUAUUAAUUGAUAACUUUUUCGUUUCAUUGUUUAGUGAGAAUUUGUCAAAAUUUUUAGCCAAAGGAAGCAUUAACGCAGGGCCAAAUAUUGCAUUUGAGCACAAAAUGUGUUGAACUUGUUAAAACUGUCUAAACAUUUCGGGCCCUGAUUUUCUUGUGUUUGAAUCGUAACACAUGUGUCUACCAUAUAUGGCGUCAAUUUUGACAUCACUAAUUGACACAAAGUAAUCAGGUCCCGUUUUAGAUAUAAGUUGUUAUAAUAAUUUAGCGUAAACAUUGAUUUGUACGUAAGGUUGCUGACACAUAUCUGCGUAGUUUGAACGGCCUGUACAGUACCGCUAGAUGGCGUUGACUUACAUCAUGACAUAUUUUACGAAUACCCAAAAUAACUAAAAAUACAGCACAAAAAUCAUAUUGUAUGUUUGUUAAAAACUUGGUACUAAUGGAAAUGUUAAAGAAAAUGUGUUUAAGUAACUGUACUAAAUUCACUGUGUGUGUUUCAAAAUUUUUGUUUAUCUUGAUUCGUUUUUCAAACACACAUAGUUAUAUAGUGUAGUGUCUAUUUUGGUAUAUGUACAAACAAAACAGUGAAUUAUCUCUAGCUGUGAUAUUGAAACCCUAAUAACUUUGAUUAAAAGUCAAAUGAUGUUUUUGUUUUGAUUCAUUUUCUAAAUACAGUUAACAAAAGUACAUAAUAAUGAUUUGUAAGUAUUGUAUUAAAUAACAGGAAUACAGAGAAGUAUAAAAUAAUGUUUGAAGCCUUCUAGCGGAUAGUCUAAAGUAUAUUAUUUUUGGUUUUGAUGAAUUGGAAGAAGUAUGUACAAUAAUUUGUAGCAUAUUGUAAUAAAUACAUGACAAUAUUAUAUAAUGUAGAUAGUAUCGUAUUUAAUUAUAGUUAAUUUUGAUUGGUGAUGUAUAUGUUACAGCCAGAACGGUUUUCUAGCCAAUAGAGGAAGAUCUGAGCUCGGGCGAACUUACAACUUUAUUUUUAUAUACUGCCCAAUUUCACAAAAUAACAAAACCUUAUCUAUAUUUUAAUUAAUGCUCUUUCUUAAAAGUAGAAAAAUAAGUCACAUUACAAUUUCUAUUUUUUCUAUAUAUUGCAAUUUUCAACUCAAAAAAUCAAUCCUUUUUGUGGGCAAAUGUUUGUAUUUAAAACCACAUUAGGACUUUUAGCAGUUCUGACUGUAAGGUACAUAUCGUAUAAUUUUGAUUGAUUUAAGUUGAUUUGUUAAAUGAGGUUUUUCGUUUCCUUAGUUUAAUUUAAGUUCCUUCUGUUUGGAUCUCAGACGUUUUUCAUCUCGCUGUGUUAUAGUAAUAUCUAUAUUAGAUUGUAAUAAUAACUCAAUUGUACAUUGACAUUUGUCUCAGUUUAGCAACUAUACAGUUUGGGAAUUAUCACGUAAAUUGCGCCGUGUUUGUUUUAAGGUGCUGGUAGACUUGAGCAAUUACUUGUAACGGAACAGCGAGCAUUUGCCGUUUUUAUAUUUGUAGAACAACGAGCCGAGCCAAGCAUAUAGGCAAAUAUUGCUACGAACAUCUUGAGAAUUCUAGCUAACGCUCUAUUCAAUGCUCGACAAAGAUAUUAUGCUGUUUGCAAAUCUAAAAUGGUCUCGUAUUUUUCUGUGUAACAUUCGCACGAAUGCUCAUUACAAGUGAAUGCUCAAGUCUAUCAGAACCUUUAGGAAGACUUCUAAAUCAAACACAGCUAACUAAUAUUACAAAAAGGUUGUUGUACUUUGGUCCAACGUUUUUUUUGUAUAUAUUUAUUCAAAUUAGGUAAAUGCUCAACUUACAAACUUAACAGUAACUCUAUCACUAUCGGUAAAAUAUUGUCGCGGCAUGCAAGUUGCAUGUUGGUUAUCGACUAGGGUAACUUGUGAUAUUAAUAGAGAGCAUUGAGUGAUAUUUAAAAGCCGUUUCAAAUUAAUUUUAAUAAUUAAUUUAUUUUUGUUAUACUGUACAAAUAUAUUUUAAUAAGAAUCAAACGUUAAUUUCUGAACUGUACACUCGCUAAACUGUGUAAGAAUAUAAACUUUUGUAGUGGGUUGUGAGAAUCGUGAGUCAAAGUAUUUGUAAAGUUUUACGCAUAUUCUCUUUUCUGCAUGUAGGUUAACAGUUUAUGAAGUGCUAUAUUUUACUUGUUAGGGUUAGACUGUAAAAACGUUUGGUAGGACAAAAGUUUAUAUGACCAAAUUGUAAACUAACCUCUCUUAGAACAGGGACAUUGUGGCGAUAGCUGGAGCGGAUUGAGCUAACACAUUAAUUAUCCUAUCUCAUAAAAAAACAACGUCUAUGUAUUUACUCACUUUAAGGGUAGUUGACUUAUAUCAAAUUUAAUUUAUACAAAUAUUAAUUUCGUACAUGGAUUAAGGGUCCGAAAUAUAUCGAUAUUAAUUAGUAGAAGGAUUUCAGAGAAACUCAAUUCAAAAUAUAUAUUUUAUCAAUUUUUCCAAACGUCGAAAACGCUGCCGUCCAUUUUGUGACGUCACAAUGUUACUUUAUGUCACUGAAGGAAUAAACGUCAAACUAAUUAUAAACCAAAAAAUUUGUCAAACACUCCGUUUGGUUAAGGUUUACGUGAACCUGUUACUGUUACUUGUUAACGUGACGUCAUGAAACAGUUAAAAUAUAGACCGUCAUGGCUGACAGCGUUUUGUCGGUCGUAUUAUCAAAAAAAAUAUUUAAAAAAUGAAAUUUUUAAGUAUUCAUGUCCCAAAAACAUUUUUUUUUUCAUUGUAGUAGAACGAUAGUGAACAAUUCAAGACCCUUUUAAAAAUAUCCAUAUCCCCCACUCACUAUCGCCAUGUUGUUCCCCGUCGCCCGCCUGUACAGAGUGUAUUUUGCUAACAGACCCUCCUUCGAGUUAAAUAAAUGAUAAUAUUAAACGUUACAAAUUUUUAGAUGUGCCAUUAAGUGUAAAAUAAUAGUAUUUUCUUACAUUCGAGCAAUAGAAUUAACAAAUUUAGAUUGUUUAUUUAUGUAUUAGGUAAAGGAAGUCUGUUGAUUGGAUGCUUGUGCCAUUCGCGUUUGACUUAACAUUUUAAGCUGCUUUUUUGGUCAGUGGUGUAACUGUAGUGUGGCAGGAUUGGUAAAAUGCCACGGGCUCACGUAACAAGGUAAUCUAACGCUUAAAAAUAUUUAAGCUGUCGUUUUUCCCAUAUCAGCUUUAGCUGGUACCUAUAAUUACGCCACUGAUCCAUAUAAACAAUUUUUUUGUAUUAAAUGUAUGUAUUUGCGCAAAACAAAUUGCAAUUAGCAAGAAUCGUUAAAGAUUUUUUGAUUGGCCUAAUGCAUUAGACACAUUUUUUCUAUGAAUUGAACAGGGUAAAUAUGUAUUUGUAUGAAAUUGCUAAAAGCGUCUUUUUGCUGUAUACUAAUUUCAUUGAUUUUUUUAUUACAUUUUGUAAUAGAUUGUAAUUGGAAUGGGAUCAUUGGAAUGAUAAUAAUAAUAAUUGUAUGUUCUUGUGAUUUUCAAUUUCGUGAUGGAACAUUUCGUUCAGGAUUUAGAAUAUAAAGAGAACUGCAAACAUACAGUGAUCAGAUUAUAUUUGGUUAAACGUUGAUAACUUAUUUGUUCGACUUUAAAAUAUAUGUUCUAAAUCUAUUAAAAAAUAUAUUUUUUUUUAAUUUAUCGAAUGAAGUUAACAUAAAUAUAUUUAUUUUUACCGUUCAUCUAAAUUGUAUAUCUUUUUUGUUAUUUUCAGCGCAAUUUAUGUUUAAUCUAAAUCCUGUACUAGAGUAGUAGUUAUAAUGUGUAAGGAGAGUGUGUUUGUUGAUGACUCGCUGCCAACCGAUCAUGUAAUGUGUUGAUAUUUAGUGCCCGCACACUGGUAAUAUGGAUUUUUGGUUUUUCUUGUGUAUUUUAGCUGGGCAAUUAUAAAACCUGACAAAAACGUAGGAUUUACGAAAAAUAUAUUAUGUUAGUAGUACCUACCUAUUCGUUUUUUCACGUAGGUAUUAUAAUUUUAUAUACAUCUUCAGAAAACAGAUUUUCAAGUAGGAUUUUAAGCCUGAAAUUGCAUGUCUAGAUAUCUUGUGUCACUUGCUAUGUUUUGAAUUUGCACAGUGGUUAUGAAUUUUAGAUAAACGUACAUUCGUUAUCGUUACAUAGUUGAACAUUGAGAAAAUUAUAUUUAUUUAGUAAACAAUUCUAUUUAUGAAAUGAAAAAUACCUGUAAUGUUCAACUUUUACCAACAAACCAACCACUGUUUUAUAUUAACAACUGUUUUAUAUUAACAAACAUUUUGUAAUAUAAAACUUUGAUAUAGAAUUUAUUAUUUUUUCUAAAUUUAUACACAUUAAUGUAAUAAAAUUCCUGUAAUACAUAACUCAUAAAAUGUUUUUUUUUCUUUAAUCAAACACAUUUCUUUUUACGAUUUAAAUUUUCAAGGAAAGAAUAUUUUUUGAAUUACCUCGUGUGCGGGACAUUUGCCUUUUAUAAUUCGUUGUAGUGGAGACGAGAAGUGCACUUUGUAACUCUGUAGCUGAUUGAUGACAUGUUGUACUUGAUAGCUGUACGCAAUUAUAUUUUUGGACAGACAACUCACAGAUUAAAUAUGAUAAAUUAUGAAAAAA